CUGCUUCGUUGGGUGCGUUCUAUUUUGCGUCGCGUCGCUCGCUCUCGUUCAGUGUCAGAUUCCUCCAUUCACCCGCGAGGGAGGAUGUUUAUUUCCUGACUCAAGUCUUUUGAUAGAUUUGGACCACCUCCUUUCUCUGUCGUCACAUCACACCGUUACAAAAGCUACAUGGAGGAAUUGGACGCGGUCGAAACCGGCCAGGAAAACGGAUCGGAAAGCGUCGUAUCAUCAUUAGAUGCGAAAUGAAGGCCUUAAGCGCGCUCAUGCGGUCUGCGAGCUGUGUGUGUUCCCGGCAACAAGUACAACGUGUCCCGGCGCCGGGGCGAUGCGGAAUGUGCAGUAAGUUCCAGCCAAGCUUCGGAUUGUUGUUUGACAUUGAUGGGGUCUUAGUCCGGGGGAAGACCCCCAUCCCAGCAGCAAAGAGAGCUUUCCAGAAGCUGGUGGACUCAAAGGGGCAGUUUGUGGUUCCAGUCGUCUUUGUCACAAAUGCUGGCAACUGUUUGCGGCAGAAGAAAGCAGAUCAACUGUCUCACAUACUGGGUGUUCCUAUAUCUCAAGACCAAGUCAUGAUGUCUCACAGCCCUUUGAGAAUGUUCAAGAAAUACCAUGACAAGUGUGUGCUGGUGUCUGGACAGGGUCCUGUGCUUGACAUUGCCAAAAAUGUGGGCUUCACAAAUGUGGUCAGUGUUGACAUGCUGCGAGAGUCUUUCCCCCUGCUGGACAUGGUGGAUCACAACAGACGGCCCAAACUACCGUCUUCCCCUGUGGUGAACCUCCCCAGAGUUGAAGCUGUGGUUCUGUUUGGGGAGCCUAUUAGAUGGGAAACAAAUUUACAACUGAUCAUUGAUAUCCUUUUGACCAAUGGGAAUCUGAGCAAUGCGUACAAGAGUGCUCACUCCUCUCAUCUGCCACUUUUAGCAUGUAACAUGGAUCUGAUGUGGAUGGCAGAGGCACAUUCACCAAGAUUCGGUCACGGCACUUUCAUGGUGUGUUUGGAGAGCAUCUAUAAGAAGAUUACUGGCAAAGAUCUCAAGUAUGAGGCCCUGAUGGGGAAACCCAGUGAACUGACGUAUCAUUUUGCUGAGUACCUCAUUAGAGAGCAAGCUGCAGAGAGAGGCUGGGGAGCACCAAUCAGAUCUCUUUAUGCUAUUGGGGACAACCUGAUGACUGAUAUUUAUGGUGCCAACCUCUACAAUCGCUACCUCGAGGAACGAAUGGCAAGGAAGACCAUCAAAGCAGUGGCAAAUGUGGUGACUGGUACUGGGGCACCCAGCCCUGUCCCGCAGGAGGUGGAUAUGGACAAUGGUUGGGAAAGUGAGCUCGCGUCACCCUCUGCCAUGUCCUGCAAGUCUAUUCUGGUGUGCACAGGAGUCUACAAUCCCCACAUGGAGUUACCUAAAAAUGCUAACCAGUGUAUCAAAGAGACAGUCUUCCACGGGCAUCGUGACUUCCACUUUGACCCUGCGCUGGUUGAGCCGGAGAGGAUCGUACAGGACGUGGAUGCUGCUGUUGAACUCAUAUUUGAGAUGGAAAAGUUUGAGACAGCAGUUUAGUUUAAUUAAAGAAUAGCUCUGUCAUCAAUUUCUCACCCCCUUGUAGUUCUAAACCCAUGACUAUCUAUGUUUUGUGAAACACAAAAGAAGACAUUUUAAAGAAUGCAUUUGUCUUUUUUUUUCAUGCAGUUACUAAGAAUUGAUUCUGGAGAUUUUAAGCUUCAAAAAGAAUGCAAAAGCACCAUAAAAGUAGCAUUAAAGUAUCUUAAAAGUAGUCCAAAUGACUCAUGCAUUAUAUAGAUCUUCUGAAGCCAUACGAUAGCUUAAUGGGAAAAACAGACCUAGCUGUUUUUGGCACUCAUGAAAAAAAUUACACGAUUUAUAAACAAAUUAUUCUUUUGAGUUGGAUCUUUCAAAUGAAUUGUUUGAUCUCGUUCACAAAAGCAUACAGUCCUCAGGUUUAACUCACUGACUCAAUGAUACAGUAUAUUCUUACCAGUUAACAGCUCUUUGGUCACUUUCGGUCUAUUUCUCACACAAAGCAAUUGUAUGGGGCUUUUGUUUACUUUCUAAAGCCUGAAAUCUCCAGUCCCCAUUUUAUGUAAUUGCAUGGAAACAGAUGACUAGUACAUUCUUCAUUAAGAAACUAACAAGGGUUUGGAGCUACGCAAGAGUACAUAAUGACUGAAUUUUUAUUUUGGGGUGAAUUACUCCUAUAACAUAAUGAUAUUACUCAUUGUUUCACUAUUUUUGGUACUGUUAUACUAUCAACUGUCUAUAUUACUCAGUAUUUUCAUUGCAGUAUGUGUGUGUGUGUGUGUGUGUGUGUGUGUGUGUGUAUAUAUAUAUAUAUAUAUAUAUAUAUAUAUAUAUAUAUAUAUAUUUGUUUUUUGGAGAGAACCUCAACAAAUAAGCACAACCCAUAAGUGAGAAACCAGGAGAAGUCAUUAAAGAUACUGUGACAUUUUAGUUCUGCUGGUUAGCAUGAUUUCAUUUGAACUUGUAAAGUGUUUGUGUGUCAACAGGAUUUUUUUAUUAUUAUUAUAAGCUAUUAAAUUCAUCUAAAUCUAUGAUGGUUUUACUUUAAUCAACAGUGCUGUAUGUCAUAGACCAUUAUUACUACUAUUAUUUUCAUAAUGGUUCGACAUUGUUAAAAAGAUUUUGUCACAUUACAUUACUCUAAAUUUAAGCUGUUAUAGCUUUACCAACUGGUAUGACUAAUAGUAAGAAUGUAAUACUGCAGAUUAUUUCAACAUCAGCCAUGUUAUCUGCAUUGUGCCAUUAGACAAAUGUUUAGAAAUCAACUCAGAGUAUAGUUUAAGCAUUGUUACAUUAGUAAUUGUUACAUCCUCCAAGCCUAUUUAUGUUUUAUUUGGUUAUUGUUACAUUAUAUUGUGGUAAGAUUUUUUUUUACUCAGAACAGUACAGUACAGUUUUGCACUGAGAAAUAAAAAAACAACUUAAUGGAUAUUCUUUGAAGAUAAAGGAAGUUUAUUAAAAUCUAUCACUUUUUGCUAGUAAAUAAACGAAUAUGCUAUUUGCACCUCUGAAAUACUGUUGUUAAGCAAAUGAGCAAAAGUAGUAUAAUAAAUUACUAAGGGAUGGAAAUAAUAUUAUUUUUUUUUGUCCCUUGGAACAUUGAAUUAUUGAUGUAGAAUAUUAUGUACAUAUUUUUUUUUUUAAAUAACUUAUAGAUGGCUUCCUUAUCAAUAAAAUAAUAAGAGUUCUCUUAAACAUAAUUUAUGCUGCAACAAUUUUAUUGAUAAAAUAAUAAAAUUACAAUUUAACACUAAAUACAAACUGAUCAUGUAUUUCAAGCUAAACAUUUCACUGAUUGACAAAAUGA